AUGAUAGAAUAUUACCUUUGUUCUCUCGAGAGGAUUAAGAGUACUGAGACAGGUCAAAGACGCGAAAAAGUGCAAAUUCUCUUUGAUAAGUAUAAGGAGGUAGGUGUUAGAUUUACUAGUUUUGCUAAAAAUGUAAAGAAUGGUGAUCUUUGGGUUUGCCUGAUAUUUCAAGUCUUUGGGUUGAGCUAG